AUGGAACAGCUCUUCAGCGUCGAUGUAGAUUAUGUAAAUGACAAUCCAUUUCUGUCAAAAGAAACAUUGCAGAAAUUCCUGGUUCGAGAAGUUCUUGUGACAUCCGUGACAACAAUCGAUAAGAAAUGCAGUCUUCCUGUUGCUGUGGAUUAUGUUGGAAAAGCGGGUAAGACAGGCAAAAAUAUGCAGGAGUUAUUCACAAAUCAGGUGAAGCUUUUGCAAAUUUGUCAGAACUGUUUGAAGCGGUGUAAGACGAGUGAUUUGGUCAUCGAUAAGAAUCAGCAUGAACUUUGUGUGAACGAAUGUCAACGAUGUUAUAAUUCAAGAGCUGUUUGUGAGAGUUUUAUUCCAUUUGAACAUAAAAGUUACAUCCCAUCAGUUCGAGCUUGCGAGUAUUGCCUGUCUAAUGGCGUGAAGUGUAUAAAAAGGGUCGUCAUGGUACUGACUGUGGAUUGCGAGGAAGGCAACAAACAGUGUUUACUCCAGCUCAAAGACGCUUUAGAGAAAGGAACCAUUGAUCAUAACCUUCACCUGCUAUCCAUUUUUCCAGAUUGUCCACACGUUUUGAAAACGUGCAAAGGCAGUUUUGCGAAUUGGUAUUUGCAGUUCAACAAUGAGAGAGGAUGUCUAAGCAUAUUUUACACAUUAUGCAAUAAAUCAGAAUCAGUUGUCAGAAAGAAAAUGAAGAGCUAUUUGCCAAAGAACGAUUAUGUCAGGAAGCGUGAUCGACAAGAUCCAACAGCCGUUUUGAAACUGUGUAACACUGAGCUGUGUGACUACGUGGCAGGCCUGGGUUUUGUGACCCACACCAUCGUUCCGGAAAUGAUAAGAUUUACCUCAACAAACCGUAUUAACACAUGUAAAAACAUCACCAGUGUUGCAGUUGGACCACGUGGAUGGAUACUUUUCUUGUGCUACGACGACCAGAAAAAGGUAUACAAAUUAUACAAGUCCAAGCUACACAACCCAACCCAGGAUAUUGAGCUGAUAUGCGCUACUCUCAAAGGGGAUAAAAUUUACCACAUUGCAACUUGGUCUAUAACUGUGUAAACGAAAAUCCCAUAUCAUUCUACAAUAUAAAACCGCGUAGUUCUCCGAAUAUUUCCAUAGAGAAACUACGACAAAAGACAGACAUCGAUCCUUUACUCGCAUAACUCAAUCUAGUGGCUGGUCGCACCGUGAAAGAAUCCAAAGUUCGAUUGUUAGCUCAUCAGAAAACACAACGGGGAUUGUAUGAAGAAAAGAAAUGGAACUCGACUGAAAUUAACUUUGUUGAAAAUAAUUCUCUGCAGUUUGAUGACAUCUCGAUAGUUGAUCAGCACUUAAUUUACGGUGCAUGUUCGUCCAAACGGAGCCUUGAGCAAAUACACUUAAAACGUGACAGUGUUGGUAUUCAAGGGACUGCAGUUACUGUCGUCUCUUAUCACGAGACUUGGGAGAAAGUGCACUGCCUUUUGUUACACAAAUCUAGUCUGCUUGUUUUUUAUGGCAAAGGCAUUUUCAUGUUCAACCUUGACACACAAGUAUCGUUAACCGUUGUACCAGAGUCAUCAGGAUACAUUCCUCGAUACGAUUAUGUGUACAAAGAGAGCUUUCUCUUCACAAGUAGCGAUGAUCACCGUUUGUACUUUUGGCAAAAUUGCCAAAUAACAACAUUUGCAGGAGAUUCUGAAGGUGGAAGCAGAGAUGGCACAGUCCAGUUUGCCCGUUUUUACAAAAUAUGUAGUAUAUGUGUCGAAUUUGAUCAUGUAGUAUAUUUGUCAGACUACGCCACAGGAUCUAUUCGAAUGUUAACUACGUUAAAGAACACUGCUUCUUUCCUAAAGGCGGUUGGUAAAUUAAACAGAGCUGGUCCCAAACGGCUGCCAAUUAUUCAGAUCCAAAAGAAAACAAUGAUGAAAUUCUGCAUUAUCAUGACGAUGAUGAUGAAUCUGACAUUGAAGACAUGGCUACUGAACUUUCACGGACGAGUUUACAAAAUUUUCAGGACUUUCAAACUACCGAAGUCGGAAGGGAGACGUCAUUUCUUCUUCGUGGGCGUUCGAGAUAUGGAAGAACAGUUCGUUUCAAUAGUAGAUUUGCUUGAGGUGAGCCGCUAA